GUUACUAAACAGUCGAAAAGAAACCACAUCGUUUUACAGUUUACUACAGUGCGGUUACUCAAAAUGCUAAAAAUUUUACUGUUUCUAGUGAUUGUUGUUGUUUUUGCUGUUGUCAUAUUUUUAUAGGAUGUUAAAAAGCUCGCAAUAUUCUCAAUAUCAAUUUAAUAUGUUACGUAGAUUUUUAAAUUAUUUUGUAGGUUUAAUGGUUAUUAUAAGUUACGGGGAUAUUGAAUGUGGAACGAUUCUAACAAAAGUACAACCGUCCGAGCAGGAGUGCGAGUUCCCGCCGAAGUUCGAAGAAGACCUCACGCAUUUGCGGCGCAAGCGACUGACCACAGAGAAUGGGCUCGUGUGCUUGGAGGACUACCCGUACACCGUGUCUGUCAGAUUACACAGUAAACACUGGUGUGGCGGUGCUCUGGUCGGCAAAGAGUGGGUGUUGACGGCAGCACAGUGCUUUGACUAUGUUACCAAGGACGAGGUGUCAGUCCGUACUGGAUCUGUGUUCCGAGAUUUUGGCGGCAAAAUAUUCGCGGUCACCGAGAUCACCAGGCACCCAGAGUACAGGAUAGACCAGUACUACCCUGAGCAUAACUUAGCCCUGAUCAAGCUAAACAUGCAGGUGACACUGGGUAACCGUGUGCAGCCUGUGGCGCUGGCUGCGCCUUCUGCAGAAGUGCCUCCCAAUUACGGACAUGUUGUCGUUACGGGAUACGGUUCUAUAUCCGGUCAAAUCCGCGAAGGCCAGAACCAGGAGCUCAGAAGAAUGAUAGUACAAGACGUGCCCCGCGCGUCGUGCCGCCUGCUCUACGGGAACGGGUACCGGCUGCAGUCCGACCACAUGUGUCUGCAGAGCACGGUCAAAGGCAUCGCUUUGUGUGCUGGUGACACGGGCGACCCAGCUGUGCACUUCAGCGGCGCCUCCAAAGGCGGUACUCUAUACGGCAUCGCGCUCUUCUCUGGGACCGAGGAGUGCACCUACAAGUCCAAGCCUGGAGUUUACGCUAAGAUAUCUCACAGCCGCGUGUGGCUGGACUCGAUCCUGAAGGCAAUCCCCAUCAAUUCUGUACCCGCAGACAGUGCCGACAGCAGUGAUAAUGACGUCAUGCAAGAGAGCGAAUAAACUCAAUUUCAAAA